CCAGCUGCUUGUGACGCAGCGGGCAGCAGCAGAUGUGGACGCUUUGCUGGACUUAUUCCUUUAUUUUGCUGAGAAGCUGCAGCUCGCAGUCCCAUGCCACGACGCCUGGUCCGACUGAGGCGGGUUCUUGUCCGGGUUUGAACCCUCUGCGUGUGUCCCCCUGUUAAGAUGUCGUCGCCGGAGCACGACGGAACCUUCAGUCAGCUCAAUAAGUUUGAGAAACUGUCGUGGAGGCCCUCCAUCCGCGACUCAGGUUCCAAGAAGCGAGCUCGGUGGCUUCAGGCUCGACGCAUCUUCUCCCCUUCCUGCCCAAACCUGCGGAUCCCCAACAGGUUUCUGAGAGAAGGCCACUGUGUGCCUCCGGCCCGCAGUGGACACCGCUGUGUUGCAGACAGCACCAACCUGUACGUGUUUGGAGGCUACAACCCAGAUUUUGAGGAGGCAGGCGGGUCAGAGAAUGAGGACUACCCUCUUUUUAGGGAGCUUUGGCGGUUUCAUUUUGCCACAGCCACAUGGCAGCAGGUCCGCACGGAGGGCUACAUGCCAACAGAACUGGCUUCUAUGUCGGCUGUUUUACACGGCAACAACCUGCUCGUGUUUGGCGGCACUGGGAUUCCAUUUGGUGAGAACAAUGGCAAUGACGUCCAUGUUUGCAACGUUCAGUACAAACGAUGGAACCUGCUCAACUGCAGAGGGAAGAAACCCAACAAGAUCUAUGGACAGGCGAUGGUCAUCAUAAACGGCUACCUGUACGUGUUUGGCGGGACGACGGGCUACCUCUACAGCACCGACCUGCACAGGCUGGACCUGACCACCAGAGAGUGGACCCACCUCAAACCCAACAACGCUCCCUCAGAUCUGCCCGAGGAGAGGUACAGACACGAGUUGGCUCAUGACGGACAGAGAAUAUACAUUUUAGGAGGUGGGACUUCCUGGACUUCGUAUCCACUGGACAAGAUUCACGCUUAUAACUUGGAGACAAAUUACUGGGAGGAAAUAGUCACUAAAGCCCAAGAAAAAAUAGGAUUUCCUGCUGCCCGCCGAUGUCACAGCUGUGUGCAGGUCAAAGACGAGGUGUUUAUAUGUGGGGGUUAUAAUGGAGAGCUGAUCCUGUCUGACUUGUGGAAGAUCAAUCUGCAGACUUUCCAGUGGACGAAGCUCCCUGCUGUAAUGCCAGAACCAGCCUACUUCCACUGUGCUGCGGUCACUCCGGCUGGCUGCAUGUACGUCCACGGCGGUGUCGUCAACAUGUCCGGGAACCGAAGGACCGGCUCUCUGUACAAAGUGUGGCUGGUGGUGCCCAGCCUGCUGGAACUGACCUGGGAGAAACUGCUGAAAACUGUCCCUCACUUAUCCCAGCUGUCCACCCUUCAGCUGCUCAACCUGGGACUGACGCACACGUUAAUUCAACGGCUCAAAUAGAAACGAGCCAGAGACUGAAUGGAGCAGCGCUGACUCUGAGGUUGCUGAUAAGUAGGUCAAAAGAAAACCCGAUGAUGUCAGAUAGUUGUGAAAAUACUUUGAAUGCCUUUUUCUUUCUUUCUUUAGCCUGUGUGCUUUUUUUUUACUUUCUAUGUGAACGUGUCAGAUUUGCAUGCAUCCCUGAGAAGCCACGCAUCGGUGUAGGCGGCAGACUCACUGUGCCACUUCCAUGCAGAUGCUUUAUGUGCUUUGCUCGUUAUUUAAGUAGCGCAUGGCUUUUCUUUUUUUUUUUUCGUGGAGUAUGAGAGAGGAUAGUUAAACACUCCGACAACCACUUGUUGAAAGGCAAAAUGAAUGUUUGCUUCUGGUAGUAUAUCUUCCAUUUAGAGGCUGAGAUAUGCUCGUUUCACACGUUGCACGCUGUCACCGUCUUUGACACGCGAUCUGCUGCUACUGUGAUAUAACGUUACUGUAGUUUCAAACAGGGCACAUUUACCACAAUUAAUAAGUUAGAACGCAGCCAGAUUCUCAGAAAAACACAGACACACAACUGUGCUAUAUCUCAACAGUCGAAUGAGGUCAGUUAUUUAAGUUUUAGCCUCAAGAACUUUGUGAUUGCGCGCCGAUAAUGGGAUGUAAUUCUAAUUCUGCUCCUCUGAAACCCGUGCGACACGCCACCACUGUGAAUCUUCUUGUGCCUCUUCGUUUACUCUUCCUCUUUUGUGAAAAAUGAAGUUAUUUCUGGAUUUCUACACCUGUAGCUCCACAGUGAUCCUCAAGCUUUUUCCUUCUGCGUUCGGUGCCUUCUGAAUUUCCCAAAAAAUGUCAAAUGCGUUGUUUUUGUAUUUCAGCAGAUGAUGUCAUCUUAUGAUUUUAGUGUGUUCGUUACACUCCAAACUGUGUUCAUGUAGCCCCUGUAUGAUUUACCUGGUGCUCUCCACAUGAGCCUUUUCUGCUCAUGAUUAAUCAGGAGAUCCCUGCGUCAUUAACUUAAACCCACAGAGAUGUUUGUAACUAUUUAUUUUGAAUCACUGUGCUGCUUUUUUUAAAUUUUAUUACAGAUCUUUGAAUUGUACCGGAUCAUAUAUUAGUUUUUCACUGUCACUUUCAGUCCCACUUUACUCCAUUUUAACCUUUUCUACUGUAACAUAAGCUGUAUUGUGUUAUUUUUAUUUUUCAACUUUUCUUUUCCUACAGAAUGUUGCACUCUAGUGCUUUGGUACUUCGCAAGGAACUUUAUAAAACUAUUAACAAGGUAGAGUGUGAGGCGUCCUCAGGAUGUGAAAUACUGUGAUCAGUCUGAAGACGUUUAUGUAAAACCAGAUUUAAGGUACGCCAGCAGGUUACUGUGGACUGUAAAUUCUAAAUCCUGUGCCGAUGCUCCCAGCUGCUUGUAUCCAGACACACAUUUGCCUUUUUUUCCCCUCUGCUCUCCUGUGAGAUUCACAUUGAGCGUUUUUGUUUAACGAUGUUGGUACAAUAUUAAGCUAAACUCAUGUGACGGUUAUUGUACUACGAUGGCCUUUUUUCACACCCCACCUCAGUUAUUUUGGACAUGUCAAGGCCUUAUUUAUAUCUUUUUAAAAAUGGUCUGCUUCAUUGCUUGCUUGAACUUUGUGCAGCGGCGUGCAAAAGUUUGGGUCAAAAUUUCUGUUACUGUGACUCGUUAGACAAGUAAAAGAUGACCGGAUUUCCAAGACAUGAAGUUAAAGAUGAUUCAUUUCUUAAUUUUUUUUAAGGAACAGUACUUUUUUUUUCCAUCUAUCACAGUUUUAAAGUUAAGAAAGAGAGCCUGAAGCAAAAGUUUGGGCUCCCUACAUAGUCUGUAAUUAGUAAGACCCCUUUUGGCAAGUUUCACAGCGUGGAAACGGUUUUUAUAGCCAGUUAAGAGUGUCUCUUGUUCUCGUUUGGGGGGAUUUCUGUGAGAUUCUUGGGCAUGCACUGCUGUUUAAGGUCUAUCCACAGAUCUUUGAUAUUAUUUAGGAUCAGUGACUGGAAGGGACACGGCACAACCUUCAGCUAAUGAGUCCAUUAAGAGGUCCAUUUUUAAAAAAAAACAAACAUUCUUUUCUUUUAUGAUUUAUUGAGAUUGACAUGCAGAAAAUAACCAUGAACUGGAAUCCAACCCUGCAGCAGAGUCUAUUCUCUGUGCAGGGAGGCAUGCUCAACCAGUGAGGUCUGCUUAGAUCAUUUUCCUGCCAUUUUCUACACAGGAAUGUUUUACAUUUUUAGUUUCUGUUUGCUGUGAUUCUUCCCUCUACCAGUGAACUGUUCCUUGUGCCACUGGCUGCUACACAAACACAAAGCAUGAACAAUUCACUCAGUUGAAUAGGUGAUGAUUUUCAUGAAAUUUGGCACCCUUUUUUAUCCAAACAUACCUCUGCUCAGCGCAGCUAGAAUGAUCUAUUUUAACUUCAUCCGUCCACAGGGCACGUGUCCAAAAUGCAUUAGGCUUGUUUAGUUGUCCAAAUGACUGACAGUGACUUUUGUUCUGAAGAUGCAUGAAAAGUUUGAUGAAUCUUCCAUGAAGGUCCUAUUUGCUGCUCAGUAGAACAGAACACCAACCCUCUAGAGUCUGCUGAAUCUUUCUGAAGGACUUCUGAGUCAAACAGUGGUUUUUAUUAUUUUUUGUUCUAUCAGAUCCUACGAGCGGUUCUCUUCGCAGGUUUACUUUUUAUUCCAAACCUCCACCAUUAAUUACAUUAUAAACUGAGGAAACAACAACCUGAAAAUGCUUUUUGAUCCUGUAAACUUCUCCUGCUUUGUGGGUAUCUGUUAUUUUCAGUGUCAGAGGUCUAAGCAGCUACAUGGUUUCUGAUUGUUGGAACAAGGUUUGAAGAGUCUUUGACAUUUGCAUCACCUGUUGUAGAGGAUAUAUUUUUUUUAACAAGGAGGCUAGAUGUGGUUCAACACCACGAACCAAAACACACAAGGGGGCAUGGCAGACUAACAGCGGGGAUGCAUUUUGGUCAUGCCCUCGUUUAAUCGGCUAAUUAAUGUCUUUAGACCUUCAUAAAAGUUAUCAAAGAGCUCAAAUUUCUUGCACUUUUGCAUGGCGUAUUUUUCCUUAUUUUCAUUCAAAAAUGUCCAAACAAAAACUUAAAACCAAUCGUGUUUAAGAUGUUUCAUCGUAGUCUUUGUCUGUUGGAGAUCAGUUAAUCAUCGACUCACUCAACUAUCGACAGUGACAGAAACUUUUGCAUGCCCGUUUCAAUGUACCUGCGUGCUUCAGAUUGGCAUGUUUCUAUUUGCAUCAUUUCUGAUGUCAGAGUAAAAUGAUCCUGUGCAUGUCAGUAUGGUGUGCAUGUCACUUUACAGAGACUCUGAGAAAAGCUGAAUUCUCCUCAAAGGUAAAUAUGGCUGCAAUGUACAUUGUUUUGUAAUCUUUGUCUGUACAAACAAUAAAAACACCGGCAGCUGGUUUUUCAAAAAAACUGUA